AUGACAGACUCGCUGCCACCGAUCGACCACCUGGUCAGGAAGAGCGCCAAGCGCGCGCACGCCGUUUUCUCAGCCGAGCAGGCCUUCUCCAUCUCGAACGCGGACGAUGCCAACGAGCGGAGCACAAAGCUCCGCCUGGCGACCAAGAUCGAGGCAGAGUACCGCAACGCCAAGGUGCUGCCUGCCGCCCUCGUCGCCCAGCAGAAGGGAGCAGCGGGUCCCGCACGGCCAGCGGGCCCGCAGGCUGCUACCGGCCCGCAGAGGCUGACUAUCGAAGGUCCGAUGGCAAAGACUGUCGAGUCGCUCAGCUCCCAGGCCCUCACCACGACCUCCUCCUCGCUCCCCGCCUCUCACGCCCAGCCGACCCUCCUUUCUCAAUCCCUCAUCCGGCGGCGAGAAGCGCGCCAAGUCAAGCCGGACUACCAUGCGCCGUGGAAGCUCACGCGUGUCAUUUCGGGACACCUGGGUUGGGUCAGGGCGGUCGCGGUCGAGCCGGGAAACAAGUGGUUUGCGACGGGUGCGGGAGACAGGGUUAUCAAGAUCUGGGACUUGGCAUCGGGCGAACUCAAGCUUUCGCUCACCGGCCACAUCUCGACUGUCCGCGGCCUCGCCGUCUCGCCCCGGCAUCCCUACCUGUUCUCUUGCGCAGAAGACAAGAUGGUCAAGUGCUGGGACUUGGAGACGAACAAGGUUAUCCGGCAUUACCACGGUCACCUGUCAGGCGUCUACUCCCUCGCCCUCCACCCAACCCUCGAUGUCCUCAUCACCGCCGGCCGCGACGCCUCCGCCCGCGUGUGGGACAUGCGAACAAAAGCGCAGGUGCACGUCUUGACGGGCCAUACGGCGACCAUCUCGGACGUCAAGGCGCAGGAGAGUGACCCGCAGGUGAUCACUGGAAGUAUGGACUCGACUGUUAGGCUUUGGGACCUCGCAGCUGGCAAAACAAUGACGACCCUCACGCACCACCACAAGUCGGUCCGCUCAAUCGCGAUCCACCCGACCGAGUACUCGUUCGCGACGGCCUCGGCGGGAGGGAACAACAUCAAGAAGUGGGCGUGCCCGAACGGGACGUUUGUGCACAACUUCUCGGGACAUGAUGCGAUCAUCAACUCGAUCUCAGUCAACCCGGACGGCGUAUUCUUCAGCGGAGGUGACAACGGGUCGAUUACCUGGUGGGAUUGGAAGACGGGAUUGCCCUUCCAGACGGAUCAGGAUACUCCGCAGCCAGGCUCGCUCGACGCCGAGGCGGGCAUCUUCUGCAGCACCUUCGACCAGACGGGCACCCGGCUCAUCACGGGAGGCGCCGACAAGACGAUCAAGAUCUACUCUGAGCAAGCUUAA